AUGGAAGAUGCCAGAGCUGUCAAGAUGGCGCGACUGAAAGCUGCAGGGCAACUGAGCUAUAUCGAGAAGCUGGAACCAAUGCGCAUGACAUGGAGCGUCUUCCCCAAGCGGUACACUCCCAGCGGCCCGGUGCCACCACCUACUACUCCACGGCCGACGUCACCACCUGCAUGGCUGCGGGGUGCAGUUUUCUUCCAAGUGCCAUGCACCGAACCGCCCUCCAAGUACUCGCCUCCGCCAGAGCCGCAGUGCUGCGAGCCGCCGAACGUGGCGCCCAACGUGGCGCCUGCGCGGCCCAGCUCAGGCAGGAGCAAUCCCAACAAGUGCUGGACACCGCCUGCAGCGCCAACAGAUCUAAGCUCAGGCAGGAGCACUCCUAACAAGAGCUCCGAAGAAACGCGAAGGACGCCACAUGCGGACAAACAGGGAAUCGGAGCUGCUGAGGAUGGCGCAGGCAAAACUUCCAAGUGCUCGCCGAAGCCUGCACCACCAUCGGCGCCAUGGAUACCACAGCCCCACCCUCCACACACACCCACUCCUAGUCCCAACGGCUGCUUUGAAUCCAAUGACGACUCACUCACCAUCAAACAGCAGGCUCAGUCGAGGACAGCCCAGUCCAAAACGGCUGAUCAAGCGACGGAGGUCGAGGAGAGAAGAAGACACCAGUUGGCCGUGGAGGUUGAUCGGAUUUUGCGACUCACGAAUGGCACCCUCGACUGGGACAGAGUCCUUUGCCUGGAGAAACAUUUCAGCGAAAGAGACUUAGAGAAGAAGAAGCGCGAACUCUUUCGGCUGUUGCACCCGGACAAGAGCUCCCGCUUUGCCCAUCAGCUGGGCCUCCGGGGCGGUGUGGAGCGGAUUCGACAGGCCUACAACCUGGUGGAGGAGGCCUAUGCAAAGGCCAAGGAGACGCUCAACUUGAUCAGUCUGUCCCCUCCAUCCAAUGCGUCAGAUCUUUGUAGCCAGGCUCCGGUGUUGAAGAAGCCAGCGGCGCGGGCCGAGCCGAAAGGCGCGGCCAAAGCGAAAGGCAAGGCGAAAGCCACGGCCAAAGAGACCGAACCAGCUGAAGAACCAGAGCCAGCAGAGAAGGAUGAGGCACCAAAGCCCAAAGGAAAGGCAAAGGCAAAGGCCAAAGCGAAGGCAGCGCCAGAGCCGGAGGAGGUGGAGGAGGAGGAGGAAGACGAAGAUGAAGAGGAGGAAGAGGAUGGAGAGGAGGAAGAUGCCGAGGAAGAUGAGGAGGAAGAUGAGGAGAUGGAGGAAGCUCCUGUCUUGAAGAAGCCAGCUGCGGCCAAGGCACUGGUGGAGGCCUGUUUGCAACUUUGA